AUGGCGGGUGAGGCCGGGGUCGGGCCCGGGGUCGGGGUCGGGCCGGUGGUGGCGGUGGCGCUGCUGCUGUUAUUGCUGUGUCCGGUCCUUGUCCUCCUCACCUCCCGGCUCCUGAGGCGGGGCGCGGGGGGGCGGGGCCGACUGCCCCCCGGGGCCUCGCGCUGGCCCCUGGUGCUGGGCCUGGCCCGCGGGCCCGCGCUGGCGCCGCACCUGCUGCUGACCGGCCUGGGCUCGGUGUACGGCAGCGUCUACAGCCUCGGGCUGGGCCUGGGCCUCGGGCUGGGCCUCGGGCUGGGCCCGCGCCCCAACCGGCCCCUCCUGCUGGUGCUCAACGGCUUCCAGGCCGUGAGGGACGCGCUGCGGCGCCAACCGGAGGUGUUCUCUGACAGACCGACCUUCCCGCUCAUCACCAUCAUCACCCGCCGCAAAGGAAUAGUCUUUGCACCAUAUGGCCCAGUCUGGAAACAACAAAGGAGAUUUUCGCUCUUAACUCUGAGACACUUUGGUUUGGGGAAACUUGACCUAGAGCCCCACAUCAUCAAAGAACUGCACUUUGUGAAGUCCGAAAUUUCUAAUGCCUCAGGAGCAGCCUUCUGUCCUUCUCACGUGAUAAAUAACGCCGUGUCCAACAUCAUUUGCUCCAUGUGCUUCGGAAAACGUUUCAACUACGAUGAUGAGGAAUUCAAAACAUUGCUGAGACUGAUCGUCCGAGGGAUGAAGUUGGCAUCAAACAGCCCAGCGAUGCUCAUUAAUGUCUUCCCUUUACUUAAGUAUUUACCGUUUGGCCCCUAAGAAGUGACUCAAGCUGUGAGAGAUGUCACUGCGUUUCUGAAAAAUAUCAUUGCCCAACACAGAAAAGACAGGGAUCCUGAAAACCCACGGGACUUUGUCGAUUUUUAUUUAAACGAAAUAGACCAUGAAUUGCAACGAAACCCAAAUACAAGCUUCAGUGAAGACUAUUUAUUUUAUAUUAUUGGGGAUCUGUUUGUAGCAGGGACUGACACAACAUCCAACACUGUGCUCUGGAGCAUUCUCUUCAUGGCCAUGUAUCCGGAUGUUCAAGAAAGCGUUUACAAGGAGAUCAGUGCUGUUGUCGGCAGGUCCAGACCUCCUUCCCUCAAAGACAAGCCUCAGAUGCCCUUCACGGUAGCCACGAUAAUGGAAAUCCAGCGUAUGACCACGGUUGUUCCACUUGCCAUUCCACACAUGGCUUCCGAAACAACUGACCUUAAAGGCUACACGAUACCCAAAGGGAGCGUAGUGAUUGCUAAUCUGUGGUCGGUGCACAGAGAUCCCACCAUGUGGGACCAUCCAGAAGAAUUUAAUCCUUCUCGCUUCUUGGACGCAGAUCGAAAUAUAGUGAAAAACGAAGCAUUUAUGCCUUUUGGAAUAGGGAAGCGGGUGUGUAUGGGUGAGCAGAUGGCAAAGAUGGAACUGUUCCUCCUCUUCAGCGGCUUGCUGCAGUCCUUCUCCUUCAAACUUCCCGAAGGCUCCUCAGUGCCAAAUAUGGACGGCCAGUUUGGCCUCACUCUCUCCCCACAUCCUUUCAAAAUUAUUGCUCUCCAAAGAUAAUUUAUUUUCUUGAAGCAGAACUCGAGUGAGUAACCCUCGUGCUGUGAGCUGCCAAGCCUGUCGGGUGAAACGCAGAACAUAUUGAAUAUGCGUAAGACCUAAAAGAAUAUUUUGUCAAACAGUGUAUAAUAUUCAGAAUCUGACGUUGUAUUACAAGAGACAGUACUUGGACGUCCGAUUUCCUUCAGAAAAUUAACUCCUAGAUGAUACUUCUUUGACUGAUUGUUUGGUGUAAGAUCCCCAUCAGCAAUGUGCAUCUGUUUGUACUUUGUGCACACUGUCCGACAGUUUACAAACAGAUAUAGGUCAUGUAAUGUUACAGUGAUCUCUGAUUGAGGUUUUCAAAAUAAUAAAGAGAUUCGAUAGGGUAC